AUGCCUACCACCUUCACCAUCGCCACCAAGCCCAUCGGGUAAGGAUAGCUUGGCUUUCGCUCUCGGAAUCGGCUCAGCGUCGUCGCUGUUCCUUUUCGCCGCCCCCGAGGCCGGAAACCGCGAUGUAUUCCAGAUUACCGCAUAUGACUAACACUGAGCCCCUCGAACACUUACAGUAAGCCUACGAUCGGAGUCAACGGCUUCGACGGAGACCACUUCGGCGAAACCACUCUCCUCAAGGCCGGCUCCACUCGCCCCGGAUGGGACGGGGAGACUAGCGCUCCCCUUACGUCCGACAUUCUGCUCCAACACGAUCUUCCCCUCGUCAUGCGUGACGGUGCCAAGCUCUACUGCGAUGUCUACAAACCCGCCGACGCCAAGGGCCCGAUCCCGUGCUUGGUCAUGUGGUCCCCUUACGGCAAGAGGUAUUCCUCGAUCAACAUGUUGCCCGUGACGACGUGGAAGUGCGGUAUCCAAUCCAAGGAUCUUUCCGGCUGGGAGAAGUUUGAAGGUCUCGAACCCGCCAGGUGGUGUCCUAGGGGUUACGCCAUCGCGUCGGUCGACACCCGUGGAGCUGGUAAUUCGGACGGUUUCGUCCAGAUCAUGGGACAGAACAUGGGCGAGGAUGGUUACGAUGUCAUCGAGACCCUCGCCAAGAUGGACUGGUGUAACGGCAACAUCGGAAUGGCGGGGAACAGUGUGAGUAUCUGUUCUUGUCCGGCUUCCCACAACGAGCUCUCGCUGACGAUAUUUCUCGGCGCGGAUUCAGUUCCUCGCCAUCUCGCAAUGGCACAUCGCCGCUCAACAGCCCCCUUCACUCAAGGCCAUCGCCCCUUGGGAGGGCUGUGGUGACCUGUUCCGGUAAGUCGAAGCUGUCUGGUCUAACGAGCGUAUCUGAUCUGACAGCCCGUCCUCGUCGGCUUCGGAUCCCGCAGAGAACAAUUCGCUCGCGGUGGUGUGUUCGAGAUCUCCAACAUGGACUUGAUCAACAAGCUCAUCAUCAAGGGCAACAACGGUGUCGAAGACUUUGCCGAGAUGUGCAAGUCCAAAUUUCGCUCUGGUCACUGGUUUCGCACUCGAGCCUGACCGAGUCUUUUCUGCACACUGACCAACAGACGACCGAGAGCCGCUUCACUCGCCUUACGUAAGUUCGCCGUGCCCGGAAACAUUCAUAUUACUUUUCCGAGGUUCACACUGACAUGAUUCAUUUCGACACGGUUCACAGUGGGCCGACAAGCGACCGGACAUGAAGAAGAUCAAGAUCCCCGCUUAUAUUUCGGGCUCCGACUUCUCGUCCAUCCACACGAUGGGUUCCAUCCGAGGCUUCUGGGAUUGCCAAGGCCCCAAGUGGCUCCGUUGGGCCGGACGUCAGGUAAGAGGCUCUCGACUGCGUUCUGGGAUCAGGCCAUGCGGUUGGGCUUAUCACGAUGUUCUGGCUCCUGCAGGAAUGGCACGAUCUCUACGUCAUCAAGGAGACUAACGAGGAGUUGAUGGAGUUCUUCGACCACUACUUGUACGGCAAGGAGAACAACUUUGUCAAGGAUACCCCCAAGGUCCGCUGGGCGCUCUUGCAAGGUGGUGACCGCGACGCGAUUGAAAACAUCCCCAUUCCCGACUUCCCCCUCCCCGACACCGAAUACCGAGAGUUCUUCCUCGCCGAAGACGGCAAGCUCGCCAGUGCCUCGCCGGAAAAAGCCAGCACCGUCUCUUACGUCUCAAGAGGGGAGGGGAAAAGUGUUGUCAACUUUGAUCUCAAGUUCAAUGAGAAGACCCAACUCGUCGGUAUCCCCAAGGCGAUCGUUCACAUGUCAACCGAUGACCACGACGACAUGAACGUUUACAUCACUCUCAAAAAGCUCGACAAGGACGGCAACCAGCUGAUGCACAUGACCAUCCCUCGCGAGCGCGCACUCACAUCCUCCCACGCCGAGAUCGCGGAGAAGGACCGCACCUCACUUCUGCUCCACCCUGGCUCGCUCGGUGUCUUGCGCGCAUCUCAUCGCCACAUCGAUGCUUCCAAGAACAUCCACCCCAACUGGCCCUGGCACCCGCACACAUUCGAGGAGAAGCUUGAGCGUGGUCAGAUCGUCAAGCUCGAGAUCGGUAUCUGGGCCAUGGGCUGGCAAUACGAUGCCGGGGAGUCCUUGAGGGUUGAGAUCUGCGGUGGUCACGACAUGAACCACGAGAUCCGGCAUUUCACCACCAAGUUCCCUGCCGAGAGCACACUCAACAAGGGUGUGCACAAGGUUCAUUUUGGUGGCGAGUACGCGAGCAAGGUCAUCCUUCCGUUCGUUAGCAUUUGA